GCGCGCUCCCGGAGGUGCGUGCGGGCGGCCGCUGGUUACCUGAGCUGCGCCAUCUCCACAUCCUCGGGCCGGUCUUCGCGGCCGCUGGGCUCCGCGUUCGCGCAAGGUCGCGGCUGGGCGGGAGCGAUGCUGCCCGGCCCGCUUGGGCCUUGAGGUGGGAGCGGCGAACCGACCCAUUAGCUUGCCGACCGCGCCGAGCCCGCAGCCAUGUCCGCGGGGUUCUCCUUCGGGAGCAGCACGCUGGGCUCCUCCACCGUGGCCGCCAGCGGGAGCGGCACGGGCGGCGGUUUCUCCUUCGGGACCGCGGCGUCUAGCAGCCCUUCUGUGGGGCUCAGCUUUGGAACUCUGGGGAGCACGGCGACUCCAGUGACAACAUCUGCUCCUUCUGGUGGUUUUGGAACCGGGCUCUUUGGAUCUAAACCUGCCACUGGGUUCACUCUAGGAGGAACGAACACAGGCCCGCCGGCCACCACGUCUGCGUCCACGGCAGGCUUCAGCUUAGGCUUCAGCAAACCCGCGGCGUCCGCCACGCCGUUUGCGCUGCCCAUCACGUCUGCCUCGGCUGGCGGUCUCACGCUCUCGUCUGCUCUGACGUCGACUCCUGCAGCGUCCACAGGAUUCACUCUGAGCAGCCUGAGCGGGACGGCAGCUGCAGCCACCACCGCGCCCGCAGGCCUCUCUUUAGGGGGAGCCUUGACGGGUUUGGGAGGGCCGCUUUUCCAAAGCGCAAGCACGGCGACAUCAGGACUUGGACAGAAUGCUUUAGGUCUGUCUCUGGGAACUGCAGCAGCUACUUCAUCUGCAGGCAACGAAGGCCUUGGAGGGUUAGAUUUUAGCAGCUCAUCGGAUAAAAAGAGUGAUAAAACAGGAACAAGACCAGAGGAUAGUAAAGCACUGAAGGACGAGACUCUGCCUGCUGUCAUCUGCCAGGACGUGGACAGCCUGCAGAAAUUUGUGAAGGAACAAAAACAAGUCCAAGAAGAAAUUAGUAGAAUGUCUUCAAAAGCGAUGCUUAAAGUGCAGGAAGAUAUUAAAGCUCUGAAGCAGCUUCUGUCGCUGGCUGCCAGCGGGCUGCAGAGGAGCGCCCUCAGUGUUGACAAACUGAAGGUGGAGACCGCUCAGGAGUUAAAAAAUGCUGAAAUAGCUUUAAGAACCCAGAAAACACCACCUGGACUCCAACAUGAAAAUACAGCUCCUGCUGACUACUUCAGAAUCCUGGUUCAGCAGUUUGAGGUGCAGCUCCAGCAGUACAGACAACAGAUUGAAGAACUGGAAAACCAUCUUGCCACCCAAGCGAACAAUUCACAUAUCACCCCUCAAGAUUUGUCAAUGGCUAUGCAGAAAAUUUAUCAAACAUUUGUAGCUUUAGCUGCACAACUUCAGUCUAUUCAUGAAAAUGUGAAGGUGCUCAAAGAACAGUACCUUGGCUACAGGAAAAUGUUCUUGGGAGACGCUGUGGAUGUGUUUGAAGCCAGGCGAGCAGAAGCCAAGAAGUGGCAGAAUGCGCCCAGAGUCACUACUGGACCCACCCCUUUCAGCAACAUGCCAAACGCAGCAGCCGUUGCCAUGGCUGCAACACUUACACAGCAGCAACAGCCUGCUACAGGGCCACAGCCAUCUCUGGGAGUUAGUUUUGGAGCGCCAUUCGGCUCAGGUAUUGGCACUGGCUUGCAGUCAAGUGGCCUAGGUUCUUCAAACCUUGGAGGCUUUGGAGCUAGCUCUGGUUUUGGAUGCAGCACCACAGGGGCCUCCACAUUUGGAUUUGGAACAACAAAUAAACCCUCAGGAAGUCUUAGUGCAGGCUUUGGCAGCUCAAGUACAUCUGGGUUUAACUUCAGCAACCCUGGCAUCACGGCAUCAGCUGGUUUGACAUUUGGGGUGUCCAAUCCUGCCUCUGCAGGUUUUGGAACAGGAGGACAACUCCUUCAGUUGAAGAAACCUCCAGCUGGAAACAAAAGAGGAAAAAGAUAAACAUAUGGGUUGAUGUGUUGAGAGAAUCCGUAGCAGCAUCGUUCAUUCUCUGAGUCUAUUUUUCUAAAGUUGAUGCAGUAACUAAAUUGCAUCCCAGGAGAUUUACGAAGUUUUGAUAGUUUUUCCUUACUUCUGAAAUUUGAACUCUGUUCUUGUUUGCCAUGCUAAACAACUUUUCUCUUGUGUAUUUGAAACCUAGUUGUGUAUUUUUCAUUAUUUUGAUUCUCAGUGUAAGAAAUAUUACAUCGCUGAUUGGUAAAUCCUACUACUAUUUAACCUAGUGUUUUAGCAAUGUUUUUGUUGAUAAGGUUUACAUUACGUGAAUACAUGCACAUUUGUUUCUUAUAUAGGUGGUAUGAACUCUAGGGCCUGUACCAGAAUCACUUUGUUCCUUGAUAAAAGGCCUUUUGAACUACACUGCAGGGCAUCUUGUGAAUAUGUAUGUAAAAUAUAUACAGGAUAAUACACACAACUGUGUGUGCAUAUAGAAUAUAUAUUUACAGACCUACAACUUUUGCCUCAGACUGUUCCCCUUUUCUAAGGGUAUUCCAUUUUUCACCUUUUAUGCUUCAAAUCCUCAGUGCUUGUAGAACAAGGAGCUAAAGGUACCAAGUCAUUGUAGGUAUUUGCUUAAAGACUUAGUGAAAUGGUUACUGGUGUAAAUAUUGACCAACUCAACUUCAUUGCCCCCAGUCUUGCCCAUUUUUGUUUCCAUGUUAAUCUUAGCAGCUACUCCAGAUGAGGGCUGCUGAGACUCAUCAAACCGAUUUCAACAACUUUAUUAUCCUAUGUAUCCUCAUAUCUGAGAUGAACCUUCAAGAGCAUAUUUGAACUCCAGACUGGUGUUCUGGGGGCAAAGAGCUAUUAAGCCAAAUUGAUUCUAUGCAGGUGAAGGAUAACUAUUAUUUCAGUGGAAACUUUUCUCGCUGUUCCAGUAGAGAGUUCUUUCUUACAGGGCUAUUGAUGUUGACACCAAAUGGAGUCGCUUAUCAGCCUCUUCUAUGUCUUAAGUAAGUGCUUAAUUUGGAAUAAAGAAACAGUAUAUUUUAAGAAAAAAAGUAUUCUUUGUAGCAACAGUAAACUAUCCCCCGUUUUAACAGUGAACAGAGAGCUCCAGGUAAUAAGAUAUAUAGACAUGUCAGGUUGCAUCUGUGUGUCAUUUGUAUUAGUAUUAGUGACAGAGAGUGGGUGAAAAAGAGAGCCCUUGGAAAGAGAACUGCCUUAGCCAUGAUUUCAGACAGAAACCGUUAGGUAGACCUAUUUUAUCUUUCAAGUGCAGUUUUCAGAUGGGAUGUGAACGUGGAAUUUCAUUGAAAAUAGUUUAAUUUUUUUAUAUAGAAGGUUUUGUACAUAAUGUGCAUCAAGUGAAUAUUUUCAGAAUCAUUUUCACCAAGGCACCUUUUUUUCUAAAAUAGGUAUUACAUAUAUAUAUAUACACACACACACACACACACACACACACACACACACACACAUAUAUUUUAGUAUAACGUUAGUUGGGUUUGAUUAUAAAAGUGUCGUCAAAUCUGUUUUAUUUAUCUGCAUAUAGCGAUGAUUGGCUUUUGGAAUUGAAAUUUUUGCGCCUUGAUGCAUUAAAAUAAGGAAAAUGCUUUGUUUCUGAGCAUGAAAGUUGUUUUUAUUUUUGCAUACUUCCCUAAUACUGCGGUCCCCAGAUCCAGGUUUUGGGGAAGGGUAGGAAAACAUGUGGUUUUGUGUUUUGAAUUACUGUCAGAAUUAAAUACACAAUUACAACAAACUUUUUUUAAAAAGGACAUUGCAUUGUGCUGCAAAAAUCUGGAUAUUUAUAUUUCUUGUGUUUUUUUCUUUAUAUAUUUUACAUUUUAAUAUGUUGACCAUUGGGAAUUUGUAACAGAUCAAUUUGUGACAGGAGUUUAAAUGUGUCGUCACUGUGUCCAUUGUCUCCACUUUGUCCAGAGCCUGUCAUUAUGUAAACAAUAAAAUUUACUGUGUCAGUUGCUUUGAAUCUU